UUUGCAAAGGGGGAGUGGUAGAAAAAUGUCUUCCAUAAAAUGCUAAAAAUUAUUGUCCUCUUAAUUAUUGACCUGAUAAUUGCCAUCCUCCUCGUCUGCUUUGCCCCUUUACCAGCAGACGAAGGAGAAGGAAAGACAGCCUACAGAGGUGUAGUCGGUGAUGGGGGAGUGGUCGAUUGUGAUGCUUUACUUCCAUCAGCUGCUUCUUGUUCAGUCUCCUUCUCAUCAAAAACUCGCUAUUCUUUUACUCCAUUCAUCAAUGAGGAUCGUAUGUCAUUGAAUGGUUGUACAGCUAGUAAGUUGUACAUUAUUUUUCGUCAUGGGACCAGAUAUCCCGGAAAGAACCACAUUAGACGCUUUGACAGUAUUUCUGAAAAACUUUCCAACUUGAGUCGAUCUUCGGGCGUAGUUAAUAAAUUAAGAGGCUGGAUAAACCCAUUUCUAAUUGAAGAGCACUCUCACCUCUCCUCCAUUGGAAGGAAGGAGCUCUACUGUCUUGCAAAAAGAUUCAAACAAAGGUAUUCUGGUCUCUUUGAUGAGGUCUAUUCUCCUGAUAGUUUUAGUUUUGCAAGCACACACAAGAAGAGAUGUGUUAAAAGUGCUCUCUCUUUUGCUGAAGGAUUGUUUGAUGGACUUGAUUUAUCAAAUGGAGGAGAAUCCAUAGGUCUACAAAUUGAUGACAGAUCAUUACGAUUCUUUGAUAACUGCAAAGAGUAUACAAACAAAUCAAAGAGAAAUGAAUCACUGGAAGCUGUUCUCAAUGAGUUCUUGUUUAGUGAUGCAAUUUCCAAAGCUUUAAGAGAAAUUCAGCAGCAAAUUGAUGAAAGUAAAAGGUUUUGGAUUAUCAAUGAGCACGAGCUACUAGACAUGUAUCAGAUAUGUGCGAUGGAGACUGCUAACUUUGGGCAUAGCAAUUGGUGCUCAUUAUUUUCCUACUCCUCCCUUCAAGCGUUAGAGUAUUACUAUGACAUGAAGUCAUACUGGACCAAAGGCCAUGGUCAUACAAUAAACUGGUCUAUUUCGUGUCACUUGAUAAACGAUAUCAUUAAUUCGCUCUCUCCCUCUAACCCAGCAAAAGUGACAUUAAGGUUUGCUCAUGCAGAAACACUUGUUCCCCUUCUCUCUGCCCUCUCCCUUUAUAAAGAUGACCUUCAUCUGUUACCAAGCAAUUACCAUGUCAUGUCAUCUGAAAGAAAGUUUAGAGUGAGUAAAAUGGCCCCUUUUUCCGGCAACUUGGCAUUUGUCGUUUACAGAUGCACUAAAGAAAAUGAUCAUGAGGACUUUGUACACGUUCUUUCUAAUGAAGCCCCCGUUACAUUGGAUCAUUCUCUAUGCACGGGAGAAGGGAAUGGAGGGAAUGGUGGAUGGUGCCCACUUCAAAGUUUACCAGAAAUUGUUAGACAUGUAUCGGACAAACUCAUCACUUAUCCAUGUUCUUUAAAAGAUAUAUGUAUACAGGCUUAGAUCUUUAGAAUCUUGUAAAGUUUGUAUAGUCUUUAUCAUUAUCAUGGCAACACAGACACUGUAUGUAAUUUGGGAUUUAA